CUUUUACGUGAUUGGUAGCGCGUGUCUCAUCAAAAUUUAAAAUUUCGUAAUUCGUCAAUUUAUAUAAUAGUUCCUUAAAUAUUUUACUACUAAUUGGGGGGUUCAGUAUACAGCCGUUUAAUACAGUAUGUGAAAUAUGUCUGACUAAUAUUAACAUGUGUAUUAGACUAUGGGGAAUUGUAAAGAUAACUUUAAUUAUUGCAGUGUGGAUGUUUGAGUCUCUCAUAGUUAAAAUAAAUUUCUGAGAUGAGAAUAAAUUUUUUUUAAAGAUAGCGUAUAACCAAAUAUACAUUUUACAACUAAACCAUCAACACUAGCAUAUAACUUAAUAGAAAUCAUGGCAGCUCCAACCGCUAUUAAGAAUUUAAGAGAUCAUACCCCUACAAAUAUAUCAUCGGAAAUACAGCAUAACAUUGGUAAUGUUAAUAAUGAUGAAGAUGAAGAUGAAAUGUUAAUAGAUGCAAAUGUAGUUCCAAGUACAGAAGAAACUCCAGAAAGUUCAAAAGAUGAAAGUAAAGGAGUGGUAUUAGAUGUUACUGGUAAACCUAAAUUUUCAGCUGCUUCUAAAGCAGGUAUGAAAGUUAAAUUGGAAUCUAGAAAAGUUGCAGUUCCACCUCAUAGAAUGACUCCACUUAAGGGAGUUUGGCCAAAGAUAUAUCCACCAUUAGUUGAUCAUUUAAAAUUACAAGUUAGAAUGAAUUUAAAAACUAAAACUGUUGAAUUAAGAACGAAUAAAUUCACUGUUGAUGAUGGAGCAUUACAAAAAGGUGCUGAUUUUAUUAAAGCUUUUACUUUAGGUUUUGAUGUUGAUGAUGCCAUUGCAUUAUUAAGAUUAGACGAUUUAUAUAUAGAAACAUUUGAAAUUAAAGAUGUUAAAACUUUACAAGGUGAUCAUUUAUCAAGAGCAAUUGGUAGAAUUGCUGGUAAAGAUGGUAAAACUAAAUUUGCCAUUGAAAAUGCAACUAGAACUAGAAUUGUAUUGGCUGAUUCAAAGAUUCAUAUUUUAGGUGGAUUUACUCAUAUUAGAAUGGCAAGAGAAGCAGUAGUAUCAUUAAUUUUAGGUUCUCCACCAGGAAAAGUUUAUGGUAAUUUACGUACAGUUGCAUCAAGAAUGAAAGAACGUUAUUAAUUAAGGGGUCGUUAUUAUCUUCAAAUUCUUAUUCUUAUUAUUAUUAGUAGUAGUAUUAAUAUAUGUACAUUAGUU